AUGACCGCAGCUACGAGUCGUCGCGGUCACACUUCCUCUACUGCACACAAGAAGCAUGCACAAGUCUCGGAAGCAAAAAGAGACAGGAAAGAAAAGAAAUAUAUCACGACCAACGCCAUCUUCAAGUCCAAAUCCGAUCGAAACCACAAGCGCGCCAAACCAUCACCCAGAGGCAAGAGGAGUGACCCGGGCAAAAGCCGUCGCCGCCGCGAACCUUCGUCGUCUCCACCGCCUAGGAAGAGAUACACUCUCGCUGACGAGUCCAAUGGUAUGUCGUGCUCAGUUACCGUUUAUCGCCGUUUGCUAAUGCUUCUCNNAGAGGUUCUCAACAGCUACAGAAGCCAUGUAGCCGAUGACUCUGAACAGACGGUUGCUCGCGCCUACAAGGACCUCGUCCAACAACUUGACAAAACUACUCUCGGACCCGAUGCUCUGAGUGGCCGUAUCGCCCAAGCUAUCGAAGCUGCUCAGGACAUCUGCACGCCAUUGACCGAUGAGCUUGUCACCGCCCAUUUCAAAGACGAUAAUGGCAAUGUUGUCAGUAGGCAACAGAUUCCUAUCGGCCUUACUGUCAAACGGUUGAAAGAGAAACUUGAGAAGACGAAGAACGAUCUUGAGACUCUCUGGGAGGAAUGGGAGGAUAACCGCCGCGAGAUUGCCGAAAUUGGUGCCCAAAUUCUCCAUGAUCCAAAGUUCCCCUCUCAAUUUGGUCUCGAGGACAUGACUGGUCUCUUCAGCCCAUUGUCUCACACAAACCCCGAGGUUGACAGUCUCCGCAGACUGAUUCAGAGAGAGAAUGACAAGGCGCACAAGGAGCUCGACCAGGAAGCCAAGGACAGCAUCAACAAGCACAAGGAGUUCCAGACCAUGUGGGUCUCGUGGCUGAAAGACGAGCUCAACUGA